GGAGGCGGAAGCGCGCCGACCGGCUUCCGACCCUGCGGCGGGGCGCUGUGGAGGAGCAACGGGUCAUGGCCGCGGCCCAGCCGAGUCGAGUGGGCCUGGGGCCGCGCGUGGAGCCGGCUCGCGUGGGGGUCGGGCGCCGCGGCCGCGCGGGCCUCGUGGGUCCCUGGCUUUGAGGUGGGACCUCCUGUGGCUUUAUUCUGCCUCGUCGGGUUUGAGUAUCUGUGCCCGCGUUCUGCCGGCCACGACGUUUCCCCUGCAGUGCCUGCUCUUGCCGUUGCUGCACUUUUUGUGCGCCUUCCUCUGUGGUUUCGUUGCGCUGGGUUUAGGGCUCAACACCGGCACUGACGCACUUCCUCCCGGCGUCCCCCGCGGCGGGAAGGAGCUAAGUGGGCUCGAGGCCGACGCGACCAGCGUUCGUCGCCGCUGCCGCCACCGCUGCCCGUGCGCUGAGAGGAGUCGUCGCGGCCGUCCCUGCCGCCCUCGCCGGCCAUCAUGUCCGCCCAGGCGCAGAUGCGGGCCCUGCUGGACCAGCUCAUGGGCACGGCCCGGGACGGAGACGAAACCAGACAGAGGGUCAAGUUUACAGAUGACCGUGUCUGCAAGAGUCACCUUCUGGACUGCUGCCCCCAUGAUAUCCUGGCUGGGACGCGCAUGGAUUUAGGAGAAUGUACCAAAAUCCACGACUUGGCCCUCCGAGCAGACUAUGAGAUUGCAAGUAAAGAAAGGGACCUGUUUUUUGAAUUAGAUGCAAUGGAUCACUUGGAGUCCUUUAUUGCCGAGUGUGAUCGGAGAACUGAGCUUGCCAAGAAGCGACUGGCAGAGACGCAGGAGGAGAUCAGUGCAGAAGUUUCUGCGAAGGCAGAAAAAGUACAUGAGUUGAAUGAAGAAAUCGGAAAACUUCUUGCUAAAGCUGAGCAGCUGGGAGCUGAAGGAAAUGUUGAUGAAUCCCAGAAAAUUCUUAUGGAAGUGGAAAAAGUCCGUGCAAAGAAAAAAGAAGCUGAGGAAGAAUACAGAAAUUCCAUGCCCGCUUCCAGUUUUCAACAGCAGAAGCUGCGCGUCUGUGAGGUCUGUUCAGCCUACCUUGGUCUCCACGACAAUGACCGUCGCCUCGCAGACCACUUCGGGGGCAAGUUACACUUGGGGUUCAUUCAGAUUCGAGAGAAGCUUGAUCAAUUGAGGAAAACUGUGGCUGAAAAGCAGGAGAAGAGGAAUCAGGAUCGACUGAGGAGGAGAGAGGAGAGGGAGCGGGAGGAGCGGCUGAGCAGGAGGUCUGGUUCAAGAACCAGAGAUCGCAGGAGGUCGCGCUCCCGGGACCGGCGUCGGAGGAGGUCAAGAUCUACCUCCAGGGAGAGACGGAAGUCAUCGCGGUCCCGGUCCCGAGACAGACACCGGCGCCACCGCAGCCGUUCCCGGAGCCACAGCCGGGGCCACCGCCGGGCUUCCAGGGACCGGAGUGCGAAAUACAAGUUCUCCAGAGAGCGGGCGUCAAGGGAGGAGUCUUGGGAGCACGGGCGCAGUGAGCGAGGGGCCGCUGACUGGAGGCUGGAGAGCUCCAACGGGAAGACAGCUUCGCGGAGAUCGGAGGAGAAGGAGGCUGGCGAGAUCUAAGCCUACGUCUGGGCCUGUAAAUAGUCUGUUAAACGUUUGACACAGCCGAAAGUACCCCUUUAUAUUUGCUGAAUACACCUCAUCUUUUGUAGUUUACAAUUUCUAUUGCUUUGGAGCUAGCUGUGAGUUUCUAGAGAUGUACAGAGUUGCUCCUGUGUUCUGGGGUUAUGUUGAGUAGGAAUAAAUAAAUCUGACAGACGGCCUCCUUA